AUGUUGCCCGAGCCUGUAAUAGUGUUGCCCGAGCCAGUAAGUGUUGCCUUAGCCAGCAACAGUGUUGCUCGAGCCUGUAAUAAUGUUGCCCCAGCCUGUAAUAGUGUUGCCCGAGCCAGCAAUAGUGUUGUCCGAGCCAGUAAUAGUGUUGCCCGAGCCAGUUAUAGUGUUGCCCGAGCCAGUAAUAGUGUUGCCCCAGCCUGUAAUAGUUUUGCCCUAGCCAGCAAUAGUGUUGCCCGAGCCAGUAAUAGUGUUGCCCUAGCCAGUAAUAGUGUUGCCCGAGCCAGUAAUAGUGUUGCCCGAGCCAGCAAUAGUGUUGCCCGAGCCAGUAAUAGUGUUGCCCAAGCCAGUAAUAGUGUUGCCCGAGCCAGUAAUAGUGUUCCCCAAGCCAGUAAUAGUGUUGCCCGAGCCAGUAAUAAUGUUGCCCGAGCCAGUAAUAGUGUUGCCCUAGCCAGCAAUAGUGUUGCCCGAGCCAGUAAUAGUGUUGCCCGAGCCUCCUGUAAUAGUGUUGCCCGAGCCAGCAAUAGUGUUGUCCGAGCCAGUAAUAGUGUUGCCCGAGCCAGUUAUAGUGUUGCCCCAGCCUGUAAUAGUUUUGCCCUAGCCAGCAAUAGUGUUGCCCGAGCCAGUAAUAGUGUUGCCCUAGCCAGUAAUAGUGUUGCCCUAGCCAGCAAUAGUGUUGCCCGAGCCAGUAAUAGUGUUGCCCUAGCCAGCAAUAGUGUUGCCCGAGCCAGUAAUAGUGUUGCCCGAGCCUCAACUGUUGCCCGAGCCAGCAAUAGUGUUGCCCUAGCCAGUAAUAGUGUUGCCAUAGCCAGUAUUUGUGUUGCCAGAGCCUGUAAUAGUGUUGCCCGAGCCAGUAAUAGUGUUGCCCGAGCCAGUAAUAAUGUUGCCCGAGCCAGUAAUAGUGUUGCCCGAGCCAGUCAUAGUGUUGCCCGAGCCAUUAAUAGUGUUGCCCGAGCCAGUAAUAGUUUUGCCCUAGCCAGCAAUAGUGUUGCCCGAGCCAGUAAUAGUGUUGCCCUAGCCAGCAAUAGUGUUGCCCUAGCCAAUAAGUGUUUCCCGAGCCUCAAUAGUGUUGCCCGAGCCAGCAAUACUGUUGCCCGAGCCAGUAAUAGUGUUGCCCUAGCCAGUAAUAGUGUUGCCAUAGCCAGUAAUAGUGUUGCCCGAGCCUGUAAUAGUGUUGCCCGAGCCUGUAAUAGUGUUGCCCGAGCCAGUAAUAAUGUUGCCCGAGCCUGUAAUAGUGUUGCCCUAGCCAGUAAUAGUGUUGCCCGAGCCAGUAAUAGUGUUGCCCGAGCCUGUAAUAAUGUUGCCCGAGCCAGUAGUGUUGCCCGAGCCAGUAAUAGUGUUGCCCGAGCCAGUAAUAGUGUUGCCCUAGCCAGUAAUAGUGUUGACCUAGCCAGUAAUAGUGUUGCCAGAGCCUGUAAUAGUGUUGCCCUAGCCAGUAAUAGUGUUGCCCGAGCCAGUAUUAGUGUUGCCAGAGCCUGUAAUAGUGUUGCCCGAGCCAGUAAUAGUGUUGCCCUAGCCAGCAAUAGUGUUGCCCUAGCCAGUAAUAGUGUUGCCCGAGCCAGCAAUGGUGUUGCCCGAGCCAGUAAUAGUGUUGCCCGAGCCAGCAAUAGUGUUGCCCGAGCCAGCAAUAGUGCUGCCCGAGCCAGCAACAGUGUUGCCCGAGCCACCAACAAUAGUGUUGCCCGAGCCAGUCAUAGUGUUGCCAUUGCCAGCAAUAGUGUUGCCCUUGCCAGCAAUAGUGUUGCCCUUGCCAACAAUAGUGUUGCCCUUGUCAGCAAUAGUGUUGCCAUUGCCAGCAAUAGUGUUGCCCUUGCCAGCAAUAGUGUUGCCCGAGCCAGUAAUAGUGUUGCCCGAGCCAGUGAAAGUGUUGCCAUUGUCAGCAAUAGUGUUGCCCUUGCCAACAAUAGUGUUGCCCGAGCCAGUGAAAGUAUUGCCCGAGCCAUUAAUAGUGUUGCCCGAGCCAGUAAUAGUGUUGCCCUAGCCAGUAAUAGUUUUGCCCUAGCCAGCAAUAGUGUUGCCCGAGCCAGUAAUAGUGUUGCCCUAGCCAGCAAUAGUGUUGCCCUAGCCAAUAAGUGUUUCCCGAGCCUGUAA